GCUAAAUGCGCAUGCGUAUUGUGGUGCGUGCGACAUGUUGCGCCAAAUGCUAAGGCUGGAGUUGAGAAAAUAAUAAAGAAACAGUUUCAUCGCAUGUAUACAGUUUAUAAAGACCGCGCGGAGACGAUAAAUAAUGCUGUAAACACAUUCAUCAACUAUGCUGAGUCGCCUUCAGGAACUCAAAAAGGAAGAGGAGACUCUUCUAAAAAUAAAAGUAAUGCUGCAAGAUCAGCUCAACAGACUUAAGUUUGAGGAGGGAACCCUGAAGUCAAUGAUCAGUGCUCAAUCUGAGGAGAACACGAAUGAAGCCCCUGCACCUGAGGAGGAAGUUAACCUAGAUGAUGAGAGUGAAAUCAACCAGACCAAACUAGUAUUGGGUGCUCAAACUGACUACGACAUGGAAGAAGAAGAGGAGGAGGAAGAUGACGAUGAUGAUGCAGAUGAUGAUGAUCUUGAAAUGGUGCUUGAAGAUGAGGAGGAAGACGAUGACUACUGACUUUAAAGAGUACAUGUUCAUUAAGUCCUAUGUUUAGGUCUGUAAUCUGCACAAUUGGCAUGCUGAAAGAUGUUUGUGUAAAAGAGACUCUUUCUCGGUCUAAAAUUGGUGUUGCUGUAGACAAACUGUUGGUUCAGCCAUAUAUAGAAUCAUCCAAAACAAAUAUGUGUAGCACAAAUUCCUCUUCUUACUGUGCCAAGCCUGCACUGUUAUGUAUUUUUUAAAUACAAGUAAAUUAAAGAUUUGCACCAAUCACAUUUCAUGGUGAUUAAUAUGUGAUACUGUAAUAUUUAGGCCUAAUUUCAUAUCGUGUUGUAUUGCUUUGAGAUAGAAUGCAUUAUGAUUGUAAAGAUGAUAAUAAGUAUUAUAGAUGUUAAACGUGUUCAGGUUGUAAACCUGCGAAAGUGUUUUUCUAUUUAGAAAAGUGAGUGUGCGGAUUAAGUGGUGUGUAUGCAUGAGCAUGACAAGUGUUCUUGCUGAGCCUGUUUUUUUGUACUUCGUAUGAAGCAUUGUUAAUAUACAGAGUCCCUAUGUUUUCUUAGAGAUUUCAUAAAUAUUUGUUUUGCAAUUUUGAAGGUGCUAAAUAAAUUAGAAUAGCACUGGAAAAAUAUUUAAUCGAGUGAUGCAUCUGGAUAUUUUUCUGGAAUAUCCGUAGUUGUUUUUAGAUGCACUUGAAUUGUACUUUGCCUUGAUGUAAAUGUAUUAUGUUUGAGUCAAAUUUUUACAUGAUUCUGUAGCAGGUACAUGAUAAUAAACAUGAAUGCGAUGA